AUGGGAGUGUGGAUCCCACAUCUCAAUGCCGGCUUCUUUGCGCCCAUCUUUGACCCGGACCAAGCCAUUGCGUUCUAUGAGACGUUAGCGGUCCACUGCGCUCUCGUGUUUCUCGCUGCCAGCACGCCAGCGCACCGCCGCAUCCUCAUCCACUGUGACAACCAGGUCGCCGUCCACCUGUACUCGUCGUUCGCGGCGCGGCGCGGAUACAACACCAUCCUGCGCGCGUCGGUUGACAUACUUCUCGCUCGGGACUGGGACCUCCGCGUGCGGUGGUUGCCGACCGAGGACAACGAGGUUGCCGAUGCUCUCUCGCGACAGAACUUCAUGCGCCUCGCGGACGUAGCGCCCGACCUCCACCUUAUCCCGUUUGCGCCCCCGCCGGAGCUGCUGGGGGCGCGAGCAUCGUGA